CAACGGCCACAUGAAUGAGAAGAGAAGACUUCAGUGGAAACCAGAAAAAGCUUUUAUGGUGUUAACUUUCCCUUUUCCUUCUCUCAAUCACUACUCUAUUUUCCAAAUUCAGUCUAGUUCCAUCUUCUUACCAGAAAGGAAUGUACGGUUGUGAUCCAUAGUUCCCAUCACAAUCGCAUCAUUACGUUGAGCGAUACUAUUCUUUUCUUUUCGAUUUUUGAUCAAUGGAGACUGUUUCGUCAGAGGAAGAGCUUGAUCAAUUGAGCGAGCGAUGUGAAUUUGACAGCUACAGUUUAAGUGCUGAUGUCAGUGAAUCGGAGAGUUCGAGUAGCUUCUCCUGCCCGCAUUACGAUCACCAAGGCGCUUCCACUUCUUUCACUUCUUCGCCGCUCACAGGACCUCAAUUCCAUGACGGUUUCAAUUCCCCGCCACCGCUUCCUAUAAUGCUGCCGGUAGUUAGUGGCAGGCACGUUACGAUUCCAACGAAGGGGGCAGUUAAACCGGAUACUGGUUUGUCUGAGGUUGAAAUGAUGAAAGAGCGAUUUGCUAAGCUUCUGCUUGGAGAAGACAUGUCAGGUAGAGGCAAUGGAGUUUGCACAGCUCUAGCCAUCUCCAAUGCCAUUACAAAUUUAUCUGCUUCUGUUUUUGGGGAGCAGUGGAAGUUAGAGCCACUAGCACAACCGAAAAAGUCCAUGUGGCACCGUGAGAUGGAAUGGCUUCUGUGUGUCAGUAAUUCCAUAGUGGAGCUUGUUCCGUCAAUGCAAGAUUUCCCAAGUGGUGCAACCUUUGAGGUUAUGGUGCCUCGGCCUCGCUCAGAUCUACAUGUAAACCUUCCAGCACUCAAGAAGCUUGAUGCCAUGUUGCUUAGCAUUCUUGAUGGGUUUUGCAAUUCAGAUUUCAGUUAUGUUGAUAGCAAGGUAAUGGUUGCUGUUGGCGAUGAAACAAAAUCAUUUCCUUUAUUUUCAUCUUCUUCAAGACUUCCAAUUAAUCAGGAAGAGAAGUGCUGGCUUCCCUUUCCCAAGGUUCCCCGGAAUGGUUUAUCUGAAGAUACAAGAAAGAGAUUACAGCAAUGUAGGGAAUGCACAAAUCAAAUACUUAAGGCUGCCAUGGCAAUUAAUAACAGUGUGUUGAGUGAGAUGGAAAUUCCAAAUGCUUACUUGGAGAGCUUGCCCAAGAGUGGGAAAGCUUGUUUGGGGGAGAAUGUAUAUAGUUAUAUAACUGCCAAUCACUUCUCUCCAGAUUGUAUUCUGGAUCACUUAGACCUGUCAUCAGAAUACUCCACUUUGGAAAUAGCAAACAGGAUAGAAGCUGCUGCACAUAUUUGGAGGAAAAAAUACCUUAAAGGCCAGACAGCGCAUUCAAGGGCUGAAAAGAGGUCAUCAUGGGGAGGCAAGGUCAAAGGCUUCGUUGGUGAAGUGCAACGAUGCAAGCUUCUAGCAAGACGGGCAGAGACCCUCCUACAUAGCCUAAGGCUGCGUUUCCCUGCCCUCCCUCAGACUACUUUGGACAUGAACAAGAUUCAAUAUAACAAGGAUGUAGGGCAUGCCAUCAUUGAGAGCUAUUCAAGGGUGACAGAAAGCUUAGCCUUCAAUAUAAUGGCAAGAAUCGACGAUCUCCUAUAUGUGGAUGAUGCCACCAGGCAACGUGCAGCAGCAGAGACAUCUUAUUUGUUCGACCAGGGAGGAAUUCCGAGACAAAAGCCACUGUCACCCAGCCCUUUUUCUUUUCAACGUAGUCCUUCAGCCUCUCAAUUUGACUCUUCCUAUAAAAAAAUAAGAAUCCCAAGUGGAAAGACGCAUCGGCUUGCCAAGAGCAAGUUAAAGGACUCGCCAAUUCAAACAUUGCAGAAACUAACUUUCUAAUUUGAAGGAAAAAAUAGUCCAUAGCUCAAGAAGAAUCUAGUAAUGCUUGUGAACCAGGUGUAGAUAGCUUGAUCUACUCAGGGCAGGAGAAAGCUAGUUUUGUAAUUCUGAUACGUAGUGAAGGUAGAUAGGACAGAUGGUGUUGUUUAAUUCCUUCACAAGCAGAUUGAGAACAUGCCUGGGAACUCUCAAUAUACUUUUUCAUCAUAGUCUAGUUGCAUAAACACAUUUUGCUUAAUUGUUUUCUUUAGAUGUGUAGAGUCUUCAAUAGAAGUCACAGAACAACUGCUUCAAGUUAUUGUAUUUGUAAUUUCAGUAGCAAAUACAUGUCUCAUCAAUAUCUCAACUCCAAAAA